UUACGUAACUUGGAAAGGUUGUGCCGUGGUCUUCCCCCAUUGGACAACGUGUAAACCCCAAAUAGGUCGAUCUCGUAGUAGUUCCCAAAACAGGACUUCUCUGAUUCUAUCAGUGUAGGUAGACACGAGAUCCCUGUCUCACUGAUUUGGUGAAAUUUGAGGAAAAAGAGUCGCUUUUGCGGUUAUUUUGGUCCAACUUUGCCAACCCGGAAGUGAGUUUUGUCAGAGGUAGACUCAACUUUGGAGAAAAAAUGCCUGCAGUAAGAUUGUCCCGGCGCCAGGAGGCGUUACUUGUGACGACGCUAUGUCUUCUGCAGACCGGUUGGUCCGCCCACUGGUCUGAUAAAGACAAAACACCCGUACAGAAAGGUCUAUGUCCCGAAGAAGGCGGUUGGACGCAGGGCGGCGGCAGUUGUUACCGGGUCGUUGAUACGCCUACCCAGUGGAUCAUGGCUGAAUAUCUGUGCAGGGAAUAUUUCCACGCUGAAGCGAUCCCCGUCAAGAUCACCAGCCAGGAAGAAAAUGAUUUCGUUUGGAAACUGGCCGGGGAUCGUGACGUAUGGAUAGGCCUGCAAGAUAUUUCAAAUCCUGACAGAGAUAUCGGUGUGUGGCAGUGGAGUGACGGCACCAACAUGACCAGGAAGAUGUACAAGAACUGGUACCCGGGGGCGCCCAACGGGGGUGGGGAGAGCUGCGCACAGUUCUGGGAGGGUGGGGCAGGGACAUGGGAGGACACCGAAUGUAGAGAGGAAUAUCCAUUCAUCUGUGAGCUGGAUAUUGACGAGUGUGCAAAAGGCCUUGACAAGUGCAGCCGAAAGGCUAUCUGUGAGAACACAGGGGACGGGUACGAGUGUGAGUGUGCCAUCGGGUACGAGGGAGACGGCUUCACCUGUGAGAAGGAAAAACCUGGACAGGAGAGCAAGAAAAAGAAGCCAAAGGCAAAGAAACCGAAGAAGCCAGAAAGGAGUUACAAAGACCUGGACAAGUGUGUGAAGGGCCUGAACAAGUGUGCCCCGCAGGCCAUCUGUGAGAACGUGGGGGACAGCUACAGGUGCACCUGUGCCAUGGGGUAUGUGGGGGAUGGCUUCACCUGCCAGAGGGACACACCUCAGCUACGGGAACAGCGGAAAAACCAGAAGGCAGAAGAACAAGCAAAGGAAGAAAAGGCAGAAGAACAAGCAAAGGAAGAAGAGAAGGUGCCUGAAAAGAGUGAAAAAGAUGUCGAGGAUGCAAAGGAUGAACUUUAAAUGUACAAGGUUAUCAAUAUCGUACAUAUGCUAGAAGACAUUACUUUUUUUCUAUGCUUAUAUCUUUAUUGAGUGGAGCUGAGGGGAGUUGAAGUAUUAUUCAUAAAAUAUUAUGUGGUAAGUUUACCUUUGAGAAUGUAGGUUUAGCUGGGAACAUGUAUGUGCAACAUGUAUGGUCUUCUGAAAAUAUUAAGU